CGAAGCAUGUCCUUUCUCGGCUUCCCUAGUUGUGCCGGCUAAGCUAGCUAAUGGUGAGUUGUUAGCUACCAUCUAAAGUUGUUCAGAGGAGCCAAAUAAAGACUCAAAACAGCCACGUUUGGCUACAACCAAGCAACGUUGGAGAAUAUGGUUGUAAAUCUCUGUCUGCCACACUUUUAUUCAACAGUUCAUAGCAACAAGCUGUGUGCUGAUGGCUAUGAUGUCACAAACCUUGUGUCAGCCGACCCUGCUCUCCGGAGCCAGGGCUUCAAGCUGGAGUACUUCCUACGUCCACCUGUACAGGUGACGUUGAAGUUUGGCUUCCAGGUGGAGCUGUGCAGGGUGGAUGUGGAGCUGUGGCCCUGGGGUAUGGACAGAGGACAAUCCUGCAAGAGACUGGAGAUCAGCACCAGCUCUGAUUCGCUGCCCACCCAGCAGAAAGAGAUGCCGGUAAAGGACCAGAAACAGAGCAGAGAAAAACAACAAGAGCAUGGCAGUAAAUCUCGGCAGAGUAAUGUCCACCAGUGGAGACUUCAGGCCCAACAGUGGGGUGGAGAAGCUCCAGACAAGCCUCAACAAAGAGGCCAUGCGUUCAAGUUAAACACUGAAUCCAGUGAUUCUGAACCAGAAUUUAAACUGGUAGGUCGUUGCGAACUCAGGGAGGAAACCCGAGUCUGUUUUACACGUACAAAUUUCAGUCCCAGGCCCCCGUUCCUCUCCAAACUACCUCCACAGCCUGCAAACUGUCGGCAAGAGGACCUGUGGAGUCGGGGUCUGCUUUCAUUAGGCGCUGUGACACAACUUCGCGUGACUGUGCCAUUUGGCGGGGCAGCAUCUGCUAUGGGGCUCAAGGUUUUGGCCGUGUGGGGACAACCUGCUCGCUGCUGCCCUGCAGAAGAAGUGGAGAGGAUUAAAAAAGUCCACGAGGCCAGCGAAAGACGGCUUCUAAGACCUACGUUUUUUGCCCCUUCUGUCAGCCAGACAAAACAACCAAUCCAAGCACCUACACCUCCAAGCAAUCUUUCCAUCCCAGAAGAGUUCCAUGAUCCGAUAACCCAGGAGGUAAUGAUGCUGCCCAUGCUUCUGCCCAGUGGUGUGUCAGUGGACAACACCACACUGGAGGAGCACCAGAAGAGGGAAGCCACUUGGGGUCGACCCCCAAACGACCCCUUCACUGGGGUCCCGUUUACUUCCACCUCCCAGCCUCUGCCUAACCCCCAACUGAAAAGCCGCAUUGACCACUUCAUCCUGCAGAAAGGGAUGAUAAGGAGGGACGGGAUGUUGGGGAGACAGGGGGAGGGAGAGAAUCCACAGGCCUCAAGACUUAUAGCCUCCAAGGUAGAUGGACAGUCCCAGUACUCUCCAAGUGACAGCUCAACAAACAACACUGCUAUUAAAUAUAAUGCUGCCACCAGAAACACAAGCAGGACUACACAAAUGGAAGACUCUGUACUAGGACAUCCGUCGGAUAAUGGGAAUCACACAGUUACCUCCCAGCCUCUUACUACAGAGAGCAAAUCAGAGAGAAGAAGGAAACGAGAUCAAAGUGGAAUUUCCAAAGAAUCCACAGAAGGGUUGACAGCUGAGAAACAACUACUACCUCAAACAAAAAGACCAAGAAAUGAUGCAGUUGCAGACCCUGGCUGCAGCUCUCAUGAGCAGCGUAUGUCUGCCAGCCUGGAUGAGGCCCUCUUCUCCGCCCUGCAGGGCCGCCCCUCCUUCACCUCAAACUUGACUCAGCAGAGACGGGUUACUCCUGAGUCUGAACCACUGAGCACCUCACAGCAGUGUCAGACUGCAGGCACUCCAAACAUCCCACCAGGUGAAAAGACGUGCUCCGCAUGUUCCUGUUCGUUCUCAGUUUACUCCAAAUCUGCAUCCUCCAUCUACCGUCUAUCCUGCUGCCACUUGCUCUGCCAUUCCUGCCUGCGGAGGGAAUCCCAACCAGCAAGCUCUGUCACCCCAUCAACAUCCAAUCACGUCUUGUGUCCGGCCUGCCAAAGCACUACCCCGCGCCGUGACGUCAUACGCGUACAUCACUGACUGAUGCAAAUUAACGCCUUCGAAAGCCUGUGAAGAAAUGAGGAGGACUGUUCUGAAGGUGAAGAUGGGAUUAUACAAGUAGAAAAAAAACAUUUAUAGCUGAAAGUUUCGGAUCCUGGAUAUAUUUUAUUUGUAUAUUGUUUAUUCCGUUUGACGCCACCUUCAUCCUCCUCUUUAAUAUACGGCAUAUCUUAACAGAUGUGUGAGACUGUAAGUUUCAAUGUCAAAUUUCAAUGACACUAUUCAUCCCUCAUUUUCUCAUCUUUUGUAUUAUUUUGUAAGAUUUCUAUAUUUCUUAUUCAAGUGCGUUAUGAGUUCUUCAAAUCUAGCAGUGAAUUAUAUUUCUUACCAUUUUUUGGGCCAGUGACAUCACAAAAUCAACUCUGUAUUUAAUGUCCACAGCGGCAGAAAGAACAUCACUGAAAGCAAAGACCUUUACAAAAAUUGUGCACAAAAUAAUGUUUAGAAGACGACUAUUCUCAUCGCGUCCCCCUCCCCCACCCGCUCCCCUCGUUGUAGCCUUGGUUCUGCAGCCUUUGUCCAAAGCCUGGCUGUGUAGAUGUGUUGAAGAUUCACAAAGAAAAAGUUAUUGGAGAAACAAGUACUGGGAGCAAGAGGCCAGAAGAAUAAAAGUGGAUUUCACAUCAACCCAAGGCUGUGUGGUCAUUGUGAAGAAACACACCGGGUCAUGCUCAGCCUUCCUCUUUCUUUGACUCCAUUCACCUCUUUACAUUCCCUACAUGUGUGUAUAUGUGUUGUUGUCUUCAGAGAGUAAAUAUAAACGAUAAGGACUUCUUGGCUUGAUUAUGUUAAACUGCAUUUCUUUAAAGUUGGUAUAAUUCAUUCAAGUUUCCACUGACUGCCUCGUUCUCUUUUAGUUUAUGUAUCUAGCUUUGUGUCCUGUUUUUCCUUUUGAGGUGCAGUGUUAUGAAAUAU